AUGUUGGGUGCUCAAUUCCUGUUGCUCAUCGCUCUCUCCUCUGCGGCUCCCAUCAAGCGCAAUGCCUAUACAUUCCUCCAGCCUAACUCCCAAGGCGACACAGUUUUCGAACUUGGCAAAAACACUUAUCUCGCCAAUGCUAGGUACCCCAAAGCAAGUUUCAAUAUCGACUUCACGUCUUCAGACGCUGCUGGCUCCUCGCGAUCGGAGAUUCCGAUAACAGUCAUCAACACCAAUGUAUCGACCCUUAGUCAGGAUGUUCUCACGACUAUUAUACAGAAUUACGAAGAUGGAGAUGAUGUCUUCACUACGGACUACCUUGAGACCAUCUUCAUCUCGUCAUCCGCGCCCGGUGCAACCCUCGAUUCAUCAGCUACCUCAUACCUGCAGUCGUUGAACAUAUCUCAUGUAUUUGUGGAUACCAGAAUCUCCAUGGCUGGUUACAACACAUUGUCAGUGAGCACCGUUUCAAGUCCGGGUAUCGAGAGUCUCCCAUCCGGACCAUAUUUGGCAUUGAUCGACGGCGGCAAGGUAUCGCUCGCGUCAGUCUUCCUUCUUUACCCAGAUACCUACAGAGAUUUCUUGUUUGGAGCCUAUGACUCGAACGAUGGCAAUUCUACGCACAGUUCCGUGGGCGUCUUCCUUCCCAAUAUGUGGGACCCGUAUGUCCCGGUUCCUUCCCGCAUAUACAGCUGGAACGAUCCCAGGCCCAUGGCAGGAUGGCGCGUUGCUAUCAAAGAUCUUUUCGACAUCAAAGGUCUCCAAACAUCAGGCGGAUCGCAAGCAUGGGCAUUUAUCACGCCAAUUGCGAACGAGACUGCGCCGUCUAUUCAGCGUAUUCUUGAUCUUGGCGGUGUACUGGUGGGUAAGUACAAGCUGGCACAAUUUGCUUCGGGCGCAAACCCAUGGGAGUGGCAAGAUGAGCACUACCCAUUCAAUCCUCGUGGCGAUGGCUGGCUCACGUGCUCCGCAUCCUCUUCUGGUGGAGGCUGCAGUGUUGCCGCAUACGACUGGCUGGACUUUGCCAUAGGUAGCGAUACUGGAUCUUCUAUGAGACGUCCGGCGGCUGUGAGUGGCACCUUUGGCCAGCGUCCCUCCCAAGGUCUCAUGAACCUGGAGAGAGUUCUUCCCUUGGGCGGUGCCACCGACACAGCCGGUGUCUUUUCGCGGGACCCUUACAAAUGGAUUGCAUUCUCGAAAGCUUGGUACGAGCCAACCUUGUUCCAGCCGCCAAACAUCACAGGCCUUUCACCGCUUGAAGUGCCUGAUACUUUGGCCUUCCCAAAAACUAUCGUUUAUCCCACGGACUACCUACCUCUGAACAACUCUGCCGCAGAGGUCAUCCUCCAAAACUUCAUCACGAACUUGACCACCAUUUUCAAUAUGACCGUCAAGACACUCAACUUCACGGAAACCGUCCAAUCCAUUAACGUAACCGACCAAGCCCCCUUCAUCAACAAUCUCACCUACCUAACCUCUGUUCCCCUCGGUGUCAUCAACGCCUGGUCCGCCUGGGAUAUCAUCGGAUCCGUCCUGACAAGCACCUGGGCUGCCCUCUUCGACGGCCGCUUUCCCCCGAUCGACCCCGCCCGGCGUCCCGGCUGGAAGUCCUUCAACACCACGCGCUACAACCCCUCAACCUAUGCCAACGCCCUAGUCGAGAAGAAUGCCGCAGUCGAAUGGUGGGAAACAUCCUUCCAACCCACCACCCCAGAGUCCUGCUCCGAGAGCGUCUUCCUCUACGACAUCGGCACCGGCGGUUUCCCGUCCUAUCGCGAGCUCGGGCUAAAUGGGUACCCCAACACUUCGUUUUUGGCGGUGAAGCCCCUGGGUGCGGAGAUCACGGGUGCAAAUAUUUGUCCUGUGUAUGGGUGCGCGGACUUUACGAUUCCGAUCGGGCAGGUGCCGUACUAUAGUAAUGUGACAUUCCACGAGGAGAUGGUGCCGGUGACGAUCAAUAUGGUGGUGAAGAGGGGGUGUGAUUUUAUGCUGCUUAAUAUGAUUGAGAAGUUGGCGGAUCAUGGGGUGUUGAAGGCGGUUAAGACGGGGAGGACAGCGUUUUGA